GAAAAGGAUAACGCUGAACGCAGCUGACAAUAUCCGGCCAAGAGCGAACAAGAUGGGUCGGUCCAAGUCGGAAGAUUUGCUUCAGUUGGAGAAACCGCGAAAGCCAAAGGCGACACCAUUUAAUCAACAACGCCUGAAAGCUUGGAAGCCACUUUUGACACCAAAGUCAUCAAUCAAGAUCUUCCUUGCACUUGGUGUCGUCUGCUUGUCACUGGGGAUAUUCUGGCUAGUUCAAAAUGACAACAUACGAGAGAUGCGGAUAGAUUACACAAAGUGCGACGAGAUCGAAUCCUACAACGAGCUUGAAGUUAUGCCACCAGAUAACGUCCGAAAACGCUUCAAGGCUUCAUCAGCGGGCCAGCCCGUGGACCAGUGGAAAAGGUCGAAUCAGUCCGUGACCUUCGACGGAGUUACCAAGAACUACACUCUUUGCACAAUAGAGUUCUUCCUACCUGAAGACUUGCAGCCCCCAGUUCUGUACUACUACCGGCUUACAAAUUUCCAUCAAAACCACCGUCUCUAUAUCAACUCUCGUCACAAGGACCAACUGAAGGGCGAUGCGGUCUCAUUGAAUAGCAUCAAGAGCUCAGAUUGCGCUCCGGUGUCAUCAAGAAUUGUUGCUGGUAGUGCAGAGGAGAAAAUUGUUUACCCUUGUGGCAUGAUAGCCAACUCAUACUUCAACGACACUUUCGAAAACCCGCUGCGCAUCCCGAGUGGUACAAACCGAACCGUUCCAUACAACAUGACAUCGGUCGGCAUCGCCAAGAGGGUUGAAAAGGGAUUGUAUCAACCGAGCAAAUACCAAGUACCAGUUACCGCCCAAUCCAAUGACAGCCUCAUCGUGCCUCCUCCAGGUUGGGCAGAGAGGUACCCCAAUGGAUAUCAUUCAGGCAACAUGUUUAAUCCAGCAGAAGAUGAGUCUUUCAUGGUGUGGAUGCGAACAUCCGCUGGCUCAUCGUUCAGCAAGAUGGCUAUGCGCAACAAAGACAAAGUGAUGGAGAGAGGCAUCUAUCGCCUUGAUGUCGUUUCCCACUACCCUAUCCGUGAAAAUCGUGGCACGAAGUCUAUCGUCAUUUCUACAACUUCUGGCAUCGGCCGGCGCAACAGCUUUUUGGGAAGAUCUUUUCUCGCAAUGGGAUCUGUCAGCAUGUUCUUCGCCUUUAUCUCCGCCCUGACUUUGCGAUACCGGCCUCGUAGAUUGGCAGACCAUGAUUAUCUGCAUAGGUACAACUCCCAAACUUUGCAGCGCGAAGGGAGCAACGGUCCUAUGUUACGGACGACGAGCCGAUAAUUGGAUGAUGGCGAGAACCACGACGUGGGUGAUGAGUGGUGGGG